GCACUGAUUGCGUGAAUGGAUUGACUGAUUGCCGGAAUCGACUGAAUGUGUGAAAUGAGUGCAAAGUUUGAAUUGAAUGUCUGGUCCGGCGAUUGGGGUUUGCCUUCAAUUGACUUCAAAUGCCUUCAAAUGUUAGCGUUUUGUCGCUUCAGCGGACUUCCCCUGAAGAUAAACGCGACGAAUAACCCGCUGUGGACUUCGUUGCCGUCCUUUCGACACAAAGAGGCAAAAGUGGUUGAAAUGAAAAAACUGGUGCAUUAUCUUCGAGACCACAACUAUUCCGCUGACUUUAAUCUGUCGGCCAAAGACAUGUCGGAUGUGUUGGCCUACGAAGCGCUCCUCAAAAGCCAUUUAGAGCCGGCAUUGCUUUACUUGCUUUGGGUGGACGACCAGAACUACGUGCAACUGAUGCGGGGCUGGUAUGCGAAGCGACUGCCCUUUCCUACCAAUUACUUCGUUCCCAAUCUGUAUAAGAGUGCGGCCGAGAAGACCGUUCGCUCGCGAUUCGGAGGACACGCUUUGAAUGGCGAUAUGAAUGACACUAUGAUUGAGACAGCGAUCUUAGGUGAGGCCCAGAAGUGCUUAACACUACUGUCGGAGCGUUUGAAAGACGAGUACUUCUUCGGUAAGAAUCCGAGUUCUUUCGAUGCGCUAGUCUUCGGAUAUUUGGCACCACUUCUCAAAGUCCCGACACAUAAUCGCAUUCUUCAGAAUCACAUAAAAUCUUGCGAUAAUUUAACCAAAUUUGUGAAUAAAAUACUUCACAACUAUUUCCCGACACUCAAAGAAAACGAUCCGAAGAACACAACCAACGAUUGCAACAACUCUUCCGGCAGUCCUACAGAAGAGGAGAACGAAUUUCCUCACAAAUGGAGAGAUAUGAUACUCUCGGGUCUGUUCGCCACCGCAGCUAUGGUUGGAUACGCUUUGAUGACCGGUUUGGUUAAGAUUGAUGUGUCGGACGACGACAAUGAGUACGAGACGUCUGAAGCGGUUCCAGACUUGAGCGCAGUUUUCAAUGAUUACGAGGAAGAGCCGCAAGAAAGUGAACAGUAG